AAAAAAUGUCUCAAAACUCAGAUGAGGAGCAUAAAAAAUUACUGAUACAGCAACGACAAUUAAGUAAUCAACAGAUGGAAUUAAGUAAUCAAAUGUUGCAACAAAUUCUUUCACAACAAAUGUUUAAUCCUAUCAAUACAUUACCGACCCCUAUUAUUCCUACAAAAGUUCCCAAUGUUGGAACCAGCAGUGGAAAUUUAAUUAAACAAACAAAAAUUGGGUGGAAAGUAUCUAAUUUAAAUUUUGGAGUAAAUUUUGAAUUAUUUAAGGAAUAA